AUAAUUUCUAAGGAAUAGGUUAACUUUAUUAGCUAUUUUCUUGAUUAUGUUAAUGGAAAGUAGUCUUCAUCAUCAAAGCAGAUGGUUGUAGUUAAGGCACUCUUGUUUUUCCAACUAUGUCUUAUUUUUCCCCUCACCUUUUUUGUUGCUGUUUCACUGGCUUCCCCAGAAGACCCAGAUUGUGGGCUCAACUUCACCUCAUCACCAUACAAACCAAGUGGGGAAUGCCUUGCAGCUAAUCAAGAAAACAUCAAUGAAUGGGACAGUUUCCCUACCACAAGAUGCUGCCAAAAUGUCCUCAACUUCUUCUCACAAGCAUUGGCCAAACAGGCAAUUACUCAACAAGGAAACCUCUUCCUCCAACAAGAUCAAUGGGAACAUUGCUCUGGACCCUUUAAGCACCAACCUUCUGUUUCCAUCGAAAACUGUGGCUUUGGUUCCCUUUAUCAAGAAAGCAGCAAAUGUUCUAGUCUAUCUUUGACAAAUGUUUUACAGGAUGACAAUUUUAACGAUGUCAGGGACAAGUGCACUGGAUUCGGUUCCUCGUUCGAUGAUGCUUGCAGGAAUUGUGCUGGUGCCAUCAAAUCUGCAAGGGAUCAUUACUUGGAUCAGUUUUAUGCCAGAGAUAAUGAUACUGAGAGAGCUACUUGUGUUAUGGCUGUUGUUAUUUCGGUUGCUACCACAAAAUUAAAUGAUCCCUCUUCUAUGGAUGAUUUCUUCUCCUGUUUACCAGCAUUAAACUCUUUAGAAAAGUCAAGUGAAGAUUACAUUAAAAUCAAGUAUUCUUUAGCGAAAGCAUUGAUUGCAAUCGUUUUAGCAGCAUUUGGGAUGAUAAUGGUGAUCAUGCUAGUUAAGUAUGUAACAAGAAACGCUAGAGCUGGACGAAAGCUUGUUCUUUCAAAACCAAAGGAACUUGCUUCUUGCCCAGGUCUAUAUAGUUUCUCCAAAGCUGAGAUUGAAAAUGCGAUAAAUUUCGGGGAGGAGAAGAAAUUUCUGGGACGUGGUAGUGCAGGGCAAGUGUUCAAAGGGAUUCUACCAAGUGGACAAGUAGUUGCUAUCAAGCAAAUAUAUAGAAGUAAUACCUCCGAUUCUUUUACACGAGAACUCCAGAAUCUUUCCAGAGUCAGACAUCCUAAUCUUGUUUGCCUCUUUGGUUGUUGCAUUGAGGAUGGGGAGCAAUAUUUAGUGUAUGAGUUUUGCUCUGCUGGAAAUCUAGCUCAACAUCUUUUGAGGAAAGACAAGGUCUUAACUUGGAAACAAAGGGUAAAUAUCUUGAGAGAUUGUGCACUUGCAUUGAGAUAUCUCCACCACAACAUAGAUGGCUGCAUUGUUCACAGAGAUAUUAAGCUUACAAAUAUCCUGUUAACUGAGGAUUUGCAAGCAAAGCUAUCAGAUUUUGGGUUGGCAAGGAUGUUGGGAAUGGAGGAGAGCAGAGUGUUUACAGAUGUUAUAGGAACAAUAGGAUAUAUGGAUCCUGAAUAUAUGAGUAAUGCCAAGUUGACUUGUGCAAGUGACAUUUAUAGCUUUGGUAUUGUAGCUUUACAGGUUCUUUCAGGGCAAAAAGUGAUUGAACUUGAUUUGGAUGCCAGAGAUCAACUAACAAGAAAGGCAAAGGACGUGAGCAUGGGUAAAAGGCCUCUAAAAGACUUUGAGGACCCUAGGCUUAAAGGGCAGCUCAACAGUGUUGAUUUCGAGUCCAUUCUCCAAAUUGCAGUGCUUUGUGUCGCCAAAUCAAGCAAAGGCCGUCCCACUAUUGAAGUUGUGUUCGAAGAGAUGGACAAAGUCUGGAAAAACACAUCGUCUGACGAGAAAGCGGCGGAGCAAAGUGCAAUAGCUGCAACGCGAAGAUCCCAUUCAGUGGGUGUGGGAGUCAUCCCUGUCUGAAACAUAUUAACAAAAUGUCAUGUUUAAACGUUCGUUUUUUCUGUUGGGAGCAAACUAUUCCUUCUUUUCUUUUUUUCUCUUUUUCCAUUUUAACAUCGAUCAGACAGCUAGCAAAGCUGCUUCCAUGGAAAUCCUGAGAAUAUUUGUGAUUUGUUGUAUUACUAUUAUGUGGGUGUAAAUUGUUGAUAAGAAUGAGCCAUUGUUGUGGUCUGUUGUACAAAAGAAUAUUCUUCAUUCUUGAGUAA